AUAUACAGGGAUGGGUCCAUUGCUAGGGAAAAGAUCCUCUAUGGCGUACUCGGCCGGGCUGGACAGCUGCCACGAUGACAUGGCGAACCACGGUGGAUCGGAUGACGUGUCGGAUGACGAGGGUUGCCACGCAGGCGGCGGGGAGAAGAAGAGGCGGCUCAACACGGAGCAAGUGAAGACAUUGGAGAAGAAUUUCGAGCUCGGGAACAAGCUUGAGCCCGAGAGGAAAAUGCAGCUGGCGCGGGCCCUCGGGCUCCAGCCCAGACAAGUCGCCAUAUGGUUUCAAAACCGGCGGGCCCGCUGGAAAACGAAACAGCUCGAAAAAGACUAUGAGCUGCUCAAGAGGCAGUUUGAAGGGGUUAAGGCUGAAAACCACGCGCUCCACGCGCACAACCAAAAGCUCCAUGCCCAGAUUUUGGCAUUGAAAACAAGAGAGCCAACCGAGUCGAUAAACCUAAACAAAGAAACCGAAGGAUCGUCGAGCAACCGCAGCGAAAACAGCUCGGAAAUGAAGCUCACAAACCCCGCCAUCGACAGCCCAUCGUCACCCCAAACAAACCCCAAUAUUGCAGAUAGGUCCCUCUUUCCCCCGGCACUUAGGCCCGGCCCCGUGGCCCAGCAGCUAUUUCACGAUACUUCAACGGCCGAUAUGCAAUGCCCCAAAAUGGAGGGGCACAAUAGCAAUAACAAUAACAAUAAUACUAAGGAAGAGAGCCUAUGCAACAUGUUCUGUGGCGUGGACGACCAGACCGGGUUCUGGCCCUGGCUCGAUCAGCAACACUUUAAUUAAAUUAAAUAAUUUUAAAAAAUUCAACGCGAAUUUUUUAAAGUUU